CACUUGUGUUUCAAGAGAAUAAUAAUGGCAGAUGAAUUAACUCGUAUUGCUAUUGUGCAAGCAGAUAGAUGUAAGCCAAAGAAGUGUAGCCAGGAGUGCAAGAAGAAUUGCCCCGUCGUAAAGAUGGGCAAGCUCUGCAUUGAGGUCAAGCCAACAUCAAAGAUAUCGUACAUCUCAGAGGAGCUGUGCAACGGUUGUGGUAUCUGUGUCAAGAAGUGCCCAUUCGAGGCCAUCAGCAUCAUCAACUUGCCAAAGUCGCUGCAAAAGGACACCACGCAUCGUUACGGCCCCAACAGCUUCAAGCUGCAUCGUCUGCCCACGCCCCGUCCCGGUCAAGUGCUGGGUCUGGUCGGCACCAACGGUAUUGGCAAGUCGACGGCGCUCAAGAUCCUGGCGGGCAAGUUGAAGCCCAACCUCGGUGUGUGGGACGAGCCCCCCGAGUGGACUGACAUCCUCACCUUCUUCCGUGGCUCCGAGCUCCAGUCGUACUUCACCAAGAUCCUCGAGAACAUGCGUGCGCUCAUCAAGCCACAGUACGUCGACAAUCUGCCCAAGGCCGUCCAAGGCACUGUGCGCGCUAUUCUCGACGCCAAGUCACAGACUGGAAACAAGGAGGAGAUGAUCGAUGCACUCGACCUUCGCAAGGUCCUCGACAAGGAUAUCAACGUCCUAUCUGGAGGUGAGCUCCAAAGAUUCGCCAUCGCUGUCGUCUGUGUUCAGGCUGCUGAGAUUUACAUGUUCGACGAGCCAUCCAGUUAUCUCGAUGUCAAGCAAAGACUCAAGGCUGCCCAGGUCAUUCGCUCGCUGAUUCAGCCAACAAAUUACAUCAUUGUAGUGGAGCACGAUCUUAGUGUCCUCGAUUAUUUGUCAGACUUUGUCUGCUGUUUGUACGGAUCGGCAGGAGCAUAUGGUGUGGUCACACUGCCAUUCUCUGUGCGCGAUGGUAUCAACAUCUUCUUGAACGGUUUCAUCAAGACCGAGAACAUGAGAUUCCGUAAGGAGGCACUGACAUUCAAGAUGUCCGAGACGGCCGAGGAGGGUGAGGAGGUCAAGAAGCAUUGCCUCUACAAGUACCCCGCCAUGUCCAAGACCCUGGACGGCUUCAAGCUGGACGUCAAGGCCGGUGAGUUCACCGACUCUGAGAUCAUUGUGAUGCUCGGCCAGAACGGUACAGGAAAGACGACUUUCAUCAAGAUGUUGGCCGGCCAGCUGGCCCCCGACGAUGGCGCAAGCAUCCCCGAGCUCAACGUCAGCUACAAGCCACAGAAGAUCUCGCCCAAGUUCCCAGGCACAGUGCGCGAGCUCUGCCACAAGAGAAUCCGCGACACCUUCAUGCAUCCACAGUUCAACUCAGACGUCGUCAAGCCAUUGACGCUCGAGAACAUCAUCGACCAGCAGGUGCUCCAUUUGUCCGGAGGAGAGUUGCAGCGUGUUGCCAUCGUCCUCUGUCUCGGCCAGCCAGCCGAUAUCUAUCUGAUCGAUGAGCCCUCUGCCUACCUGGACUCUGAGCAGCGUAUCAUUGCCGCUAAGGUCAUCAAGAGAUUCAUUCUGCACGCUGGCAAGUCUGGCUUCAUCGUGGAGCACGACUUCAUCAUGGCCACCUAUCUUGCCGAUCGUGUCAUUGUGUACGACGGUAUGCCCUCUGUGCACUGCACUGCCAACGCCCCACAGUCGUUGCUGUCCGGUAUGAACACCUUCCUCAAGUCCCUGGACAUCACCUUCCGUCGUGACCCAACCAACUUCCGUCCACGUAUCAACAAGUUGGACUCUGUCAAGGAUAAGGAGCAAAAGACCAAUGGUAACUUCUUCUUCUUGGACGACAACUCAACU